GACGGACGCCUUCGCCACAAAGCAAACCCGAUCUAAUCAACCGUGACAUCCCCUCGCCUCGGGUCCUUCGUUCCCUCGCAUUUUCCCUUCCAUUUUCACACUUUCACACACCCGCGCCACACGAGGGGGUACAUAAGACCGAGCUCGAAGUCUCAGGAGAGCGUGGAAGAGGAGGCAGUUGCUCGUUUUUGUGUGUGAGAGAGGGGAGAGGCCGGCGGCGAUGGGGAGGACGCUGGACGUGUUGCUGGGGCGGACGACGAAGCAGACGGCGAGGCUCAAGUCGAUGCUGGGGCUGGCGGUGACGCGGCUCGGCGUGCUGCGCGGGCACAGGCAGGUGCGGUGCGCGCAGGCGCGCGGCGACGUGGAGCAGCUGCUCCGCCUCGGCCACCCCGACCGCGCCCUGCUCCGCGCCGAGCAGGUCAUCCGCGAGCAGAACACGCUCGACGCCUUCCUCAUGCUCGAGUCCUACUGCAAUCUCAUCACCGAGCGCGCCGCCCUCGUGGACUCGCACAGGGAGUGUCCCGAGGAGCUGCGUGAGGCGGCAGCGGGUUUGAUCUACGCGGCGGCGAGGUGCGGUGACGUGCCGGAGCUGCAGGAGGUGAAGCGCCUCAUGGCGGCCAAGUUCGGCAGGGAGUUCGUCUCCUCCGCGGCCGAGCUCCGCAGCGGCUGCGGGAUCAAUGCCAAGAUCGUGCAGAAGCUGUCGACCAAGCAGCCGAGCCUGGAGAGCAGGCAGAUGGUGCUCCAGGAGAUCGCGGCGGAGAAAGGGAUCGCCGGCGUCGUGGUGCACGUCGUCCACGAGCCUUCUUCCCACGACGAGGACUCGGGCCUCAGCCACAGGAGGCGGCGGUGCGACGGCGAGAGGCGGCACAGGGUCCAUCAACCCCAGGUCGACCUGGAGGAGGACGGCUCUUCGAGGUACAGGAACGUGGAGGCCGCGGCGCAGGCCGCGUUCGAGUCGGCGGCCACCGCAGCGGCCGCCGCGAAGGCCGCCAUGGAGCUCUCGCGAGGCGAAUCCGGGGGCCGCGACGACGACAGGAGACGGCCGGGAGGCGCGCAGUUCGACAGGGCCGACGAAGAGACGCUCGCCGGCGGCGAGGUUUCGGGUGAUGGCAAGAAAUCUGGCAGGAUCAGACGUGCCAGCCUCGGCCGGAACUACAGUUCAGAGAUCGAGGAUUCAGCUGAGGAUGAUGAAGUGGUCCGCCAUGAGAUCACUGCAGAGAGCGAGGUGAAACCGCGGGGUCUGACCAGGAGCGUGCCGGUAUCAGUCAGAACAAAGAGGGUGAGUUAGCUGCAACCAGAUGGCAACAAGAGUGAUGGGAGAUGAUUUCUUGAAUUCGUGAUAUUAGCAGCUGCUAUUAUAUUUUUGCAGAUUCAUCGUUCGUUAGAUCCUAGGCCUGUAGGCCAUUGCAUGCAUGUAAUUAAAUGGAGCCAAACAAAAAAAAAGGAAAAAAAAACUUGAUUCAGAUUUUGUUCAUCGGUUAGUAGGAGGGAGCAAAAGUCAGCAUUGUAUAUUGAUGGCAGGUUUCAUCA